CAGCAGCGAGGACCAGAGAGCAGCAGCGAGGACCAGAGAGCAGCGCGGGACGUUGAUGUGACAUUGGUGAAUCCCAACACAGCAACAAGCAAGGAAAACGCAAAGGCAAAGGAGAGCUAGAAGCAAGCACCGACGAUAGCAACAGCAGCAGGCAAGCACGCACGAUGCAGCGUGGUUGCGAGACGACAACAGGAGGGCCACCACCUCCCAACAACACCGGCAGCAGCGGCAACGACGUCGAUGGAGGAAGUGUGAAGCUGCGGCAAAAGAAGAAGAAGACGCGACAGCCGCGCAGGGCCGACGAGGAGGAGCGCAGCCCAUAUCGGAGACUCAGCGCGACCCUGGACAGCGGGGAUGACGACCUCAACGCCAUCUUUGCCGAAAUUGAAGCAGAGGCACAUCACCAACAACAACAACAAAGCGCACAGCGGCGUGGUGUCCUAAGCUCGCAUCACCACACUCACCAGUGCCCAGGAAGCGAUGCGUCCACGACGGGGGACGAAGCCCAUCAUGCCCAAUCGCUGCAGCGCAACGCACCCCGACAGCGGGCACGGCGCAGGCUGCGCAGGCGCCACAAGCGUACGAGCGUUCCCAUUCCCGACAGCCUCAUGGAGGAGGACGAGGACACGGAUGGUGAGAGCGCGUGCCACGGCAACAUCACCAGCAGCAGCGCAAGCGACACAAUGGACAACGCAAUGGACACAGACAACCACCAAGGCAAAGGCGGCAAGUUGCUUCGGGAGCGGCGCAAACAGGGCGGUGAUGCAGAGCACCACAGCAGCAGUGACCACGAACGCGACCGCACCCCCUCGUCGCCACCACAGCAGCAGAAAGGCAACCUUCGACGUGGCGGGUCCCGCGCGUCCUUCUGCGCCGCCGUCGGCCGUCACUCGUCCAGCACCAGCAUCGUGUCCCGCACGGCGUCGUCGUAUGUGCUCAGCCGGUUCGUGCCGUCAGACCAUGAUGGCGACAACAGCGAGGGCGACGGCAGCGGAUAUGAUCGCGAUGAUAACGACAGCAUCACGUUUGGACACGAUGUGGGCGCGUGGGGCGAGUACGACAACGUGCAGGAAGAUGAGGACGUGCGUGAUGCUGCUGUUGUGCGUGAAGCCGCAGGUGUGAGUGGCUUUGAUGAUGCUGACGAUGCUGAUGAUGAUGAUGAUGAUGAAGAAGCAAGGGUUGCAGCUGUCUUUGACGGUGCGCUUGGGCACGACGCUGUCCACGAUGCGUACAGCGCGUGCGAUCACGGGCGAUUGCGGCGGUGCAACGCCGUUGUCGUGUCAUCUGAUGCCGCUGCCGAUGGCAGUGGGUGGAAUCAACGCUACGACGACAACCACCACCAUCAUCACCACCGCCACCACGGCAGUUUUGAUGCCAACGACACCUUUCGUUAUGACGACAACGGCGAUGGCGAUGAUGUGAUGGCGCGGUUCUCGCGGUGCAGGGAUUCGCAGCUGAGCGACGUCGCCGUGUCGCCGACAUUCGAACGCACGCGCACACCAACAGCAGCGCGCCGACCACCAUCGUCACCGGUAACGCCGUACACACCGCCAUCGCCUACCCCGUACGCCUCGCCCGUGCUCCGGCCGUCAACAGCAGCGCCCGCAGUCGCAACAGCAGCAACAGCAGAAACAGCAACAGCAGAAACACGGCGAACAGGUGCAGCACCAACAGCAGUUGAAACAACACCAGCAACGACGGCUGAAGCAGCGUCAUAUCCCGUGGUUCCGCUGCCACUCUCGCCAUCAUCCUCGUCAACAGCAACACGUGUUUGUGAACCAACACGCGGGAGGAGGAGGCGGAGGGCCAGCAGCCACAACAGCUUCCUCGACGACCACGACUACAAUGUAGACGUCCACGACGAUGAUGAUGAUGAUGAUGAUACGAGCAGUGGCGAUGCCAUUCGCAAGCACAGCAAUGACAUGCUUGCAAGCAGCACAGCUGGCGCGGACAUGUUGAUGCGUCAGCGCUCCCUCGCCGGCAGCAUCAUCGUCAAGAACUUGCACGUGCGCCGGAAGAGCGUAAAUCUCGAGCACGCGCCACUCUGCUUUCCGCGCGGCGUGACACUGGCAGACCUGAACCUGGACGUCGACAGCAGCGGCAGUGGCGGUGACAGCGUGGUGAUGAAGUGCGAUGGUGAUCGUGAUGGUGAGGGGGAUCGUGAACAGGAUGGUGAUGGUGAUGAUGGUGGUGUGAAGGGGGCAGAGGAUGGGCAGCAGGAGGAGGAGGAGGAGGAGGAGGAGGAGGAGCAGGCUGGAGUGAAGCGGCGUGAUGGGGUUGCUGGUGCUGAUGAUGCAAGUAUUGCAGCGGAGGCGGAGUACGACAGACAAGCAACGAACGAGAAGCCUGAGCGCCCAAUCAACAACGUCAAUAUCCUUCAUGGUGCUGAUGGUGCUGAUGGCGAUGAUGUGAGCAGCGGGGAUGAGUACGACGAUCUUGGGUCGCUCGCAUCGGCCGUGAUGAUGCGCGGCAGGUCUGCACAACUGAAGCGGCAGAGGGGCAGCGAUGGCGGUCCUGUUGGGAGUGCUGAUAGUACUGGUGCUGAAGACGACGAGGACAAUGGUGAAGGUGGUGAGGAUGGACCAUCGCUCCCCACACGAGUAGCAAAGACGACUACUGCACCAGCAACACCAGCAGCCACAACGACUGCCUCGACAACAGCAACAACAACAGCAGCAGGAACAGACAUGGACGAGAGGGAAGCGACGACAGAAGUGCCUGAAACGGGCACUGGGGCGAGCACGCCUUCGAUUGGCAACAGCGCCUCGUCGACACCGCAGGCGUCCGUGUUCGCGUCCAGACGGCAGUCAAGUCAAGGCACGAGGGCCACAGACGACGCAGAGGCAGACCCCUCCAUGAAGCGGCUGGAUGACCUGAAGCACGGCGGGGGGUUGUCGCCAUCGCGCCGUCGCUCCAUCCUGUCGUCCGCCACCAUGAUGACGCACCACCAGCAAAAAUCGUCCUCCCCACGCAGACGAUCACACCUUGUACCGCGUCGCCGCCUGUCGCGCGCCAUCAGCUCACCGUCACCGCACCCGUCAGCAUCACCAUCGCCUUCCAACCACCACCACCACUCCCACCUCCACGGCUUCAACAGCAGCAGCAGCAACAGCGGUGCCUUUGGCAGUGGUGGUGGUGGCGGCGGUGUCGCGCCAAAGGGGGCGAUGGUGGAGAUGAUGAUUCCAGAUGCGAACGAGUGUUUCGUUGCGCCGACGCCAAACGGAACAGCGCUCAUCUCGGCAGAAGGGCAGGCGGAGCUCAUCGUUCACUUUGAGCACGGCCUGCCGAAGGUGAUGGCCGGUUCCACCGUCGCCCUGAUCGAGUAUCUGCUCGGACAGAACACCAACGACGACGACGGCGACAGCGACGCCGAGCACCACACCGAGGGCAGGCUGCAGGGCUGGCUGCCGUUUGGAGUGGGCGGGGACCGCAAUCACACACGCGCACAGGAAGCACAGUCCUCCUUUGAAGAGUACAUGAAAACAUUCCUGCUGUCCUUCCGCCUCUUUGUCACGCCAGAAACCCUCGUGCAAGUCCUCCUCAACCAGAUGCAGCAGUCGUCGUCCGUGCGCGUCCUGCGUCGCCGCGUGCUCGAAAUCCUCCAGUCCUGGAUCAACACCGCAUGGCGAGACUUCUACAAGGAUCCAUCGCUCGUGUCAACGGCAACGCAAAUCCUUGCAACAGCAGCGUCUGUGGACGGCCACAUGUCAGACCUCGUCCCCACCAUCCAAUCAUCACUUCACCAGCGACUGCUCGAGGACAAAUCCGAGCGCGCACGCGAACAGCAGCAGCCAGACGACGCAAAUCUUCCGAAGAUAUCGCUGAUUGUCACCGAUCCGGAAGACUUGGCGGAGCAGCUCACGCUGUUCAAUGCACGGCUGUAUCAGCGCGUGGAUGCAAUUGAUCUGAUUGAGAGCGUCGUGCAGAACGUCACAUCCAAACCCCUCUCCCGCGUCAUCAACAGAUUCGACGAAGAGUACUUUUGGGUUGAGCAGGAGGUGCUGGACGCCGGCGAUCCGAAACUGCAGGCCGUCAUCAUCGACAAGUUCAUCCAGGCGGCUGCGCACUGCAAAGCGCUGAACAACUUCUACUCUGUGUUUACCAUCAUCGGUGCACUGGACACCGCCAAAAUUAGGAAACUCAAGCAGGCGUGGGAUGGCGUGCCAAAGGAGAGCCGGAAACUGAUGCAACGAUUGCAGUCGCUCACGUCCACCGACAAGAACAUGAAGGCGUAUCGGUCUGCCUACAAGAAGCUUGCAAGCAAGGCGCCACGUGUCGCGUUUCUUCCGAUUGUUAUGAAAGAUUUGCGGUUCAUUGCAGACGGAAACCAGAAGAAAGUUCAGGGCCUGCUCAACUUUGACAGGCUGCGUGCCCUAAGCGAGUAUGCAUCACACACGGAACGUGAGGUGUCCAUCCCCUACAAGAAGUUGACGCUUGACGAUGCCAUGCAGCGCUACCUCAAGCACCAGGGCGAUGCGGUGCGCGUGCGCCUGCGGUCCUCCGGACUGGCGGAUGCGCAGGCCUCGACGGAGCGGGAGCAGGCGCUGCAGAUGCAGGUUGCCGAGCUGGCGAGCGUCCUGGAGGAGAGAGACGCGCAGCUCACGAAGCUCCAGCAGGGGUCGUCUGCUCGCAUCCACGACCUCGAGCAGCAGCUGGCAAAGACGCGGCGCGUUUUCGCAGAAGAAAAACAGGCGCUCUCACAACACGUGCGCACCCUUCAACGGCAACUCAAACAAGCACAACACGGACGGCAGCAGCAGCCUGUGGUGGAUAAUUCGUCCAACAACAAUACCCCUGACAGUGCACAUGACGUGUUCUCCUUCAACGAGGACACCAACAACAACAACAACGGAACCACCUCCAGUGGGCGCAACAGCCGCCCGACCACGGCCGAGACGACGCUCGGGUUCGAUGACAUGAACGACAGCACCGAUGGCGAUGGCGAGAGUGGGGCUGCGAGUGACGCGAGCCCCUCAUCAUCGCGCCCUUCAUCACCACGCUCGAUUUCAAUGCGCAUCCGUCGGUCGUCGUCGCUUCGACGCAUGAAGCGCCAGCUCUCCCGCUCCAAGAGCAACCUUACCAGCAUCCCGGAGCACACGCACACGCACGCAGAGCAGCAGGGUGGUGAUGAUGGUGGUGAGGGUGACCAUGGUAAUGGUACGCCCGACCGUAAUGGCGGUCACAACGUUCAUCGUCGCGGUGGUGGUGCGAGGAUGGCGACCACACAAGCAGCAGUGGACACUGCCCUGUUGCUCGUGAACGGCGAGGACGCGUUGGGUGAAAGCAGCGUUGACGAUCACGAUGAUGGUGCCGAUGAUGGCAGGAAUCUGCGGUCGACGAGAACGCGACGUGCGCUUGCAGACGUUGUGGAAGAAGCGGAAGCAGAGGAGGGGGAGGGGGAGGAGGAAGGGAAGAGAGGGAAGGAAGGGGAAUUGGGCAAGGUGCAGGUGGGGAAGACGGGGUGUGAACAUUUGCCGUUGAAGGCUGCUCUCAAUACGACUGGAAACAGCGCCAACGACGACGCCAGCGAUGCGGAAGAGGACGAUCUCAUCACUCCUCCCGUUUCGGAUGCAUCAGCGCACACCGUCACCAACACUGCGAGCAACACGCGGCCGGCACCGCCCAACACCAGCGCCAGCAGUGAGGGUGAUGCGAGCAAGGCUGCUGCACUGUCGACGCCACUGCAAGAAUCGGCGCCUGUGGCAACACCACAAACUGCUCAGCAACAGCAGCAGCAGCAGCGUUCGCACGCGUGCAAGCCGCCGCUGCUGCGUAACCCGUCCUUCCUUGUGCAGGAGUACGACCGACUGUUGGCCCAGAACAUGCUGCUACUGGAGCGUGUGUCCGUUUUGGAGCAGCGGCUGGCUCAUGAAGGCGAUGGCAGCGUUAAUGCGUGCGGGAAGAACAACGACAACAACGCGAGGAUGGCUGUGCCACCGAUGCUGACCCAACGCGGCGGAAGUGCAGUGCUCCUUGUUGCCCAGGCGCUCAAGGCAAGAGAGGCUGCACAAGGGCACCACGAAACGCAUCCCGACACCAGUAGCCAAUGCGUUGAUGAUGGCGAUGGUGGUGGUGAUGAUGAUGAUGAUGCGCAUGCACGGCAGCGGUUUGAAGACGAGGUGGCGGCGCUGGUUGAGUUUGUUGAGAGCGGCAUGGACGGUUAUGGUGGUGACAAUGACGGUGAUGAAAGCAAUGAUGAUGGUUUCAAUGACCAGAUUGGUGGUGGUGGUGGUGAUGGGGAUGAUGUUGCUGACAGGAGUGGUGCCGCUGACACGUGCGCGACAUUGAAGCUUUCAACCGGACAGCGGAUCCGGUUUCUUCCUGAUGACGACAACGUCAUCGCCGUUCUCACGGACAACGAUGACGACGAUGUUGACACUGACGGCGAGGAAAGCAGUGAUGCCAGUGCAACACUGACCAAUGACGCGCGCCGUCAUGGUGAUGCUGCUGUCAGGCAGCUCGAUUCUCUGCAAGAGGCAGACGUCCGGCGCAUUGCACGAGAUGCGCUGAGGGAGAAUGAGGUGCUGCGCUCGUGUCUGCUGCCACUCGACAGCACGUGGUCCGAGGACACGUUGCAUGACGAGUGGGACGCCGCCAAGGACAUCGCCCGCCAUUUCCUGCACACCACGCGUGAUAGCAGCCCGUCCCAAACGCGCCUCUUUACUGACUUUCUCCUCGCCCACAGCAGCGGCGAUGGUGGUGACGCUGAGGAGUAGCGAGCGGUGGUUUGGCAGAGUGUGUUGAGAGAGAGAGAGUGUGUGUGUGUGUGUGUUUGAGAGAGGGGGGGAGGGGGUGUUACGGAAGGGAAGCUUUGCAUGUUCAUGUGUGCCUGUGAGGUUUGUUUCUGGCUAGGCGAGCAAGACGCUUGCGUAUCUUCUCUCUCAGUUUAGUGACCAGUACGUUUACUUGAAUUACACGGUCGUAAUACACUACAGGGUUGAUCGCACUUGCGUGAUGACAGCCAUUGCCCACACACAGGCGCACAUAGCAUACGCUUGCGAGCAUCCAAC